AUGAUGUCCGUAAUGGUAUGGUCGCUGCAGUCGAAAAGUGUAAAAGCAACUUUACGUGAACAUGAGCAUGUCGUUGAGUGUAUUGAAUGGGCUCCGGACACCGCAUUGGCGCCCAUCAGGACAGAAGCUGGUCAUAAAGCAAAUGGUGAUCUGGGCGCUGGUCCAACACACGUAGUCGUUAGUGGUUCGAGAGAUAAAAUGAUAAAGAUUUGGGAUGCGUUGACGGGUACGGUGAUGUUCUCGUUGAUUGGACACGACAACUGGGUACGAGGUCUACGUUUCCAUCCUCGUGGCAAAUUCCUUGUCUCGGUAGCGGAUGACAAAACGUUGCGAGUAUGGGAUAUAGCGCAACGGCGCUGUGCAAAGACAAUUGAUGCCCAUCAACACUUUGUUACUAGUGUUGGUAAGUAG